UUUUCUCCCAGGUGCUAUAUAAAGACGAGGGGACGAAGUGGACACCAUGAGACCGGACCAAGGCACCUUGGCGAGUACUGUACCUCAGAUAGCGCGCAAGGAGCCACGUUUGUUUCACGAGAUGAAGACCCUGAUUGUUCUCUCUGCCGUGUUGGCAGCAGUAUACGCGCGUCCAGGCCUUCUGCUGGCGCCACAGGUAGCAGCUCUGGCGUCGCCCGUUACCAUCACCAAACUAGUACCUGGUGCACCCAUCGGUCUAGAUGGCCGAGUCGUAGACACUCCGGAAGUGACUCUCGCCAAAGCAGAACACGCAGCAGCCCACAUCAACGAAAGAAUCACAUUGGCUAACGAAGCAUUCAAAUCUGCCGAUUUAAUCGCUUACACAGGACCUGUAAUCACCGGUAGCCUGCAACCUGUGGCUGUUGCAGCCAAAAUCGUUCCUCCAGCUCCUCUAGGACCCGAUGGCCGCGUUGUCGACACACCGGAAGUCGCUCUAGCCAAAGCAGAACACGCUGCUGCUCAUAUCAACGAGAAACUUGAACAUGCCGCUGAACAAGCAUCGAAAGGAAAUUUGGAGCUUCCUGUGGUUCUGUCCGCAUACUCUGCUCCAGUUAUUCAAAAGGUUUUGAUAUAAGGACAGGACACGACUGGCUGGAUUGUCUUUUGUGGCGACGUUGGUUACGUGGAACACUCAUUUUUUGUACAUAAUUGUAAGCCGAUUAAAUAAAGCGAUAUUUAAGAAUAUAAUGAUUAUUACAUGGAGUUUUUAGUAUCUUUCGCUUGUUCUUUCCUUCACUUUGAUUUAGAAUUUUCUACUUUAAUGUUCAAUGGAUUUUGGUCAAAUUUAUAAACCUUUUGAGAAGUUAUGCUUAUGUAAUUCAUUGAGUAAAUUUGUUUUAUAUAUUUCAUUAAGGGAUGAAGUACGAUGAUGCGUAUGGGGUAGGAAUAUUUUAUCAAUGGAUUUUCUUAAAGAUAUAUUUAGUGUUGUAAUUGUUUGAGAUCGUUAUU